UUAGAACAAACUAGAGUUACAUCAAAAUGGUCAGUUUACACUAACUAGUACAAAAACAAAAUACUAGCGACAUAUUUGUGAUAUUGAACACUACUCACUAGCUCCCAAGCGCACUAUUAAUCGAUCCUCGUGGACAUCGAACUUUCGCCAGACACUUUGAAUCGAGAAAACGACCUUACACACCUCUGCUAUGGCUAAAUUUUUAGUGGACUGCACCGCGUGAAGAUCAAGGGUUGAAAAUGUUCUCAUUUGCAUUGAAGAGGCACUUGAAUCCCUGUGUGGGUCCAUCCUGCCGAUGGAUGCAGCGGGUACUCUGUGGGUCCAGCUGCAUGGUGAAGAGGGAAUGUUUUUACACCAGUUCCAACCCCUUGUUGGCUCCACAUGUUUCCAUGGUGACAUCACUACUGUUCCCGAGACUAGCUGCCUCCAGGCUUCUGAGCCUCAGGCCCCUGAGCUGCUCUGCCUCUUUGCUUUGCCAGGGUCACCCCGUGCCCACGGCCCCUGGGAGUGGACAGGAGGACCAACAGCGCCUCAGCAUGAAAGCCCUGGCCAAUGCGCCCAAGCCUGCUUUGUACCUCGGCUUCUCCGGCCUCCUUCCAUUCCUGGGCGCCCCACUCCUGAUGGCUGUGACCCAGUCCUACCUCCCAGAGGUGGCCUACGCCCAGGUGGUCUACGGUGCCUCAAUCGUGUCCUUCCUGGGUGGGGCCCGCUGGGGCUUUGCCCUGCCUGAGGGGAGCCCUGCCCAGCCCGACUGGAUGAACCUUGGCAACAGUGUGGUGCCCUCCCUGCUGGCCUGGCUGGCUCUGCUCUGCAGAGACAACAUCACAGAGGGAGCCCUUGUGGUCAUCAUGGGGCUGGGCCUGGCCCUGCACUAUGACCUCACCCUGCUGCCUGGUUACCCCAGCUGGUUCAAAGCCAUGAGAACCAUACUCACUCUGGUGGCUACCUUUUCCCUGGUGGCCACACUGACAUUGCAGAAGAUGUGCCCGGAGAAGAAGAUCAAGGCACAAGAGAAUUGACUAGGUCAUUACUAAGGGAUAUUUAAAGUUAGCACUUAAAAGCUAAAUUCUCUCAAACAGUUAAGUGGAACUGACCAUUGUGGGAUUUGUUCAGUAGGAGCAAACAGGGAGAAAACAUACAAAAAUGGAAGUGGUGCGAUGCAACAUUAACUUUUCCAAUAAAAACAGACAUUUUCACACA